CUGCGAGAGAUCAGACGUUACCAGAAAUCCACUGAACUUCUUAUCAGAAAACUUCCCUUCCAACGUCUUGUUCGUGAGAUCGCUCAGGACUUCAAGACCGAUCUUCGUUUCCAGAGCUCUGCCGUAAUGGCUUUACAGGAGGCCAGCGAGGCUUACUUGGUCGGUCUUUUCGAGGAUACCAACUUGUGCGCUAUCCACGCUAAGAGAGUGACCAUCAUGCCCAAGGACAUUCAGCUUGCUCGCCGUAUCCGUGGUGAGAGAGCCUAAACUGAAAAUAAUGAAGCUACUGCUUUAGUCCAACGGCCCUUUUCAGGGCCUCUAAAUUUUUUCGUAAAGUUCUACUUAAACCCUCAUGUAAAGGACAAAUUGUUUUUGUUUUGACUAACCGACAGUCAUAGAAAGAUACUUUUUAAGGAAAUUUAUUUUUUCAGUCUGAACGAUUCUAAUUUAAGCACCGUUUAUCAUUUUCUCGGAAAAUUCAUACGUUUACAGCAUAAUUGUGAUUGUUCGUUCAAUUCCGUGGACAUGUAGAAGACGACAUUAGCUUUGAAGUGAGAAACUGACGUGUGUGUGCGCCGUGUUCAGCUGUAUGUGUUUCUAGUCACGUACCAUAUCUUACACGUACAUAAAAUGCAUAUGCAUACAUUUUUAUAUACUUUGUAUAAGUGGCUAGGCUAGGGCUUAGUUCUUACCUGCUUCAGGA